UUGCGUCACUGCGGAGCGCCGCGGUGCUUGCUGAGGGCGGGGGAUUCGAACUGACGGAAGGAAGUUGGGUGCUGCUGGCCAGCCCACUGUGACUUGAGUUUCCCGGCGUCCUCUAUAGUUCCUCCAGAUUCGGGUCGGUUGCCCCUCGCAAGGUUUUGCUGUUGGAGAGGAGGAGGAUUGGGAGAUAAUGGCGGCGGCGGCCGCCCGGGUGUUGAAGCGCAAGGCUCCCCGCGGCUUCCUGAAGAGACUCAUCAAGCGACAGAAGCCUCAGUUGCACUUCAGGUCUGGCCUCGACCUUUUGGUACAUUUAAACUGUUUACUAUUUCUUCAUCGAUUAGCAGAAGAGACCAGGAUGCAAGCUUUUCAGAACAAGAGUAAGAUAAUUAAGGAAAAGCAUAUUUGUUCUGCAGCAAAGGUGAUUUUAAAGAAGAGUAGGGGUUAAAGACUAAAGACCAUAUUGUUUGAACUGUAUAUUAUUUUGUUAAGUGUUAAUAAAGAGGUUCUUUUUGACAACUUUUAAAAAUAUGGGACAUGAACUUCAUAGGCUUGGCAAGCUUUUAUAUGCUAUUGUUGAAUUUGUAUCCUAGGUAAAUUUCAUUUAUUCAUUCUACAAAUGUUUAUUAAGUACUUCCUCUGUGUUUUUUUUAAAGUAAAAAGAUAAAUAGAACAUAGCUAUUUCCAUAAUUGUCAUGUAAGCUUCUCAGUAUGUUUGUGAUCUUUUUUGUAGUAACCUGAAAAACACAGUACUACUGAAGUAGUUCUACUAAAGGUCUCUAGUUGACCUGAAUGACUAAAUGCAGUGUACUCAUUUAGAUUUUUGGAGAGAGGGGAGGGAUUGUGGCCUGCCACUCACUUGGGGAAUAUCACUAACCAUAGUUUAAAAUGGCUAGGAGAGACCUAGAUGCAGUAGCCAAAGGCUAUCGACCUGGGAAAAGCAUAGAUACUAAAGGAGAAACUAAUAAAAGCAAAAAAAGGGUAUAUUUGCUAAUUCUGUCUAAAGUGAUUAAGGGGUACUUGAGGAUUUAUGGUUCAGUAUGGGAACAAGGGUCAGUAAAGAGGUUUCUUGAAGACAGACGAUCAGAAACACGGGUCAGUUUGGGGGUUUUACAAAACCAGGUUGUCAAUAGUGAUGACAGGCACAAAAUAUGCAAAUAAAAAUAUUUUAAAAAGACUGUUCAACCUGAUACUUUUACAAAGGCUCAUUUUUUUUUAAAGGAAGCCAGUGUUAGGCCUGUAAAAGCAUUUUAGGUAAUAAGUACACAUUGGAUAGAAUACUGUUUCACCCCACAAAAUACUCAGAUGAUCCAAAGGACUUCAGGAACCCGAAUUUAAAAAGCAUAUAAAAUGGUUCACAAUACACUAUAAACAACCAAUAGAAUUCUCCCUCUUCUGUGAGUCCUCUUUUCUACCAUGGUCUCAAAGCCCUUCUGACUUGGCAUCACCCUGGUUUACAUUCACCUUGGAAAGAAACUGAAUUUGGACUUCAUAGUGGUGCAAUGUGUAUCCUUGACUCUUAUGGGGCCCUCAGCACUUAUAGAGUGACUGUUUGGGUUCCUCCUGGAAGAUUUGAAGUUGCUAGACAGGCAACUUCAUUCUGUCAGAUCUUCAUGGUCCAAAUAGGUCAUUUUACUAGUGAGGGGUGGCAUGAUUCAGAUCCCUCGUUAAUCUGUGUUAUGGUUGUAUUCACUGUUUCUCCAACUGGUGAUGUUAUUCUUUCUCCUAAAAGUGUGAUGGUUAGGAACUUCUCUAUAACUCUUGGUUACUCUCGAGGCAAAGAUUAAGACUGGUACAGCUGAGGACCUGUGAUUUUAUAGGAAUGUGGAUUUGGAACAAGAAUGGAUCUCAGGGGUAAUCAAGUUACAUCUCUUUCCUCCCCUUAGACCUCUCUCCUACAAUUUACAAAAGAGGGGAAAAAAAUUGAGAGAAUAAAAUGACAGAUUUUACUGACUUUUUAAGUUCAAUGAUCUGUUCAAUGUAUCACCUAGUUGCCUCAGUGUCAUUAGUGUGGAAGCAUUCCACUACUAUAGUCAGGCAAUUCUUGUGUAACUCUGUCUUACUUGUCUGUGACAUUGAAAAAUUAAGUGAACUGCCUCUGGUACAUUGUUGAAUGUAUCAGAGGUGGGACAUGAACCCAUAUCUUCCUAAUGUCAGUGCUUAUCUUCUAACCUAUGUGCAAUACUUCCUCUUGUAUUCUAUGAUGAAGAAGUAAAUAAAAUUGUUUUACAAAAAA